AUGCAUGCAGUUAUAGCCCCGCUCCUGUGCCAGGGAUUGUUAUACGAGGAUUGGAACACACGCGACGGAGAUUGGAACACACGCGACGGAGAUUGGGGGACACGCGACGGAGAUUGGAACACGCGCGACGGAGAUUGGGACACGCGCGACGGAGAUUGGGACACGCGCGACGGAGAUUGGGACACGCGCGACGGAGAUUGGGACACGCGCGACGGAGAUUGGGACACGCGCGACGGAGAUUGGAACACGCGCGACGGAGACUGGGACACGCGCGACGGAGACUGGGACACGCGCGACGGAGACUGGGACACGCGCGACGGAGAUUGGGACACACGCGACGGAGACUGGGGCACACGCGACGGAGACUGGGGCACACGCGACGGAGAUUGGAACACCCGCGACGGAGAUUGGGACACCCGCGACGGAGAUUGGGACACGCGCGACGGAGACUGGGACACGCGCGACGGAGACUGGGACACGCGCGACGGAGACUGGGACACGCGCGACGGAGACUGGGACACGCGCGACGGAGACUGGGACACGCGCGACGGAGACUGGGACACGCGCGACGGAGACUGGGACACGCGCGACGGAGACUGGGACACGCGCGACGGAGACUGGGACACGCGCGACGGAGACUGGGACACGCGCGACGGAGACUGGGACACGCGCGACGGAGACUGGGACACGCGCGACGGAGACUGGGACACGCGCGACGGAGACUGGGACACGCGCGACGGAGACUGGGACACGCGCGACGGAGACUGGGACACGCGCGACGGAGACUGGGACACGCGCGACGGAGACUGGGACACGCGCGACGGAGACUGGGACACGCGCGACGGAGACUGGGACACGCGCGACGGAGACUGGGACACGCGCGACGGAGACUGGGACACGCGCGACGGAGACUGGGACACGCGCGACGGAGACUGGGACACACGCGACGGAGACUGGGACACACGCGACGGAGACUGGGACACACGCGACGGAGACUGGGACACACGCGACGGAGACUGGGACACACGCGACGGAGACUGGGGCACACGCGACGGAGACUGGGGCACACGCGACGGAGACUGGGGCACACGCGACGGAGACUGGGGCACACGCGACGGAGACUGGGGCACACGCGACGGAGACUGGGGCACACGCGACGGAGACUGGGGCACACGCGACGGAGACUGGGGCACACGCGACGGAGAUUGGGACACACGCGACGGAGACUGGGACACACGCGACGGAGACUGGGACACACGCGACGGAGACUGGGACACACGCGACGGAGAUUGGGGCACAUACGACGGAGAUUGGAACACCCGCGACGGAGAUUGGGACACACGCGACGGAGACUGGGACACACGCGACGGAGAUUGGGACAAACGACCAAUAUGCCUGCUGGUCUCCUAA